AUGUGGUACUAUGACAACGAAACAGGAAUGUGUGAGCGUUUCAGCUUCAGCGGUUGCGGAAAUAUGAACAGGUUCUCGAGCAAGAUGCAAUGCGAAAUGACUUGUCUUCGACGGGGUCGAAAGUAG